UUUCAUUCCUGCUUAGAAAUAGGUGUUUUAAACCAAAUCAUUCCGCAUUCGAAAAAAUUCUACUGCGCAAACGAGUAUUCGCUUGUUGGUUUUUAUAUAUUUUUUAAAUAAGAACGACAAAAUGUCGGUUAGGGUAUUCUCCCGGAAGUUUUCUGCUGGCAGGCAAUUGCGCGCCAUCAUGAACGAGCAGUUCACAGCCGACAAACUCAAGUCCCACUCUUCACCGGAAGUCAUCCAAGGUUUGGCAUUGUGGAAGAAAGUGACCUAUUUCAUUGGACUACCGGGAUGUUUGUUGGCAAGUAUUUACUGCAUCAACGGACAUUUGGAACACGAAAAACACUCAUCGCGACCAGAGUUCGUGCCAUAUGAACAUUUGCGCAUCAGAACUCGGCGAUUCCCAUGGGGAAAUGGAGACCAAACUUUGUUCCACAAUCCAAAAUUGAAUGCUACAACUCAUGGUUAUGAAGUAGAUGAAUAAAUAUGAAUGUUAAAUGUAUUUGUAUUAUCUAUCUGUAGUUAUAUAAUACCAAUUUAAUAAAGUAAUUGCUGGUUCUGUAAAAAAAUAAGUUGCUCCGUAAACUUAUUAUGUACAUCUAAUGAAUAAAUGAGACCUUUUUGUAGACUUAAA